AUGCAUGUGCUGCUGGAAAAGGCCUUCGCGAUGGUGGCCACUCCGGCCCCUGAGUUUGGCCUGCACAGCGCGCACGGGCAGGGCCGUGCUGGGAGGCGAUGCACUUGGCGCUUCCAACCUGCCGCGCAACGCGGAUUUCAGCGUCGACAACGUGGUACGAUUCAGCCGCGUACAUUUUCGGGCCGUGCACCCCAAAAGUCCGUCGUGUCUCUACAAAAGGCGACUACAAGUCUUUUGGAGGCGGGACGGGGUCUUUUAUGA